AGAGACCUCUAUAGUCCCAUAAGCCGUCUUGACUAUACUGGAAUAUACUUUUGAGGUACACGUUCCAAGUGAAUAUAUACAUGGGAGAAGGUUUGCGCCGGAGAUGGAAAAGCAAUUUUACUUGAAGACGAAUGUUGAAUCCCAAUCAUUACCGCAGUUUCCUCUCAUGUAUCACAGUUUUCCCUCGAGAUGAGUAGCACUACAUCGCCAACAACUGUCAAUGAACUAAUCCGCUUCUUUAAAUCAUCUCCGUCCUCAUUUCUACAGGACGAUCGGCGGCUGACAGCUCGGUUGCCAAGGAAUGUCAGUAACCUGAUACAAUUCUUCCAGCUUCAACAAUGUUCGUUUACGGCACGUUUUGUUUUGCCCUCGCCCAGCAUUCGCGACGAUCGGAAACAAGUUUGCGCAGCAUCGCUCCUUGCUAAUUCCCCUUGCCAUCUCCCUUCUGUAACCUCUUCUACUGACGAGAUGUUCUUUUUUCAGAAAAUUCGCCAUCUGUGGUCACUAACACUCGGUCUUGUUGUGGCUAUUGUUUUAUCGUUUCAGCUAUUUCGCAUCGAAGCAGUUAGUUCACUGCUUUUGGUUUGCGCAUUACUUCUCUGGUUGAUGUUUCUUGCACAGGUAGCAGCAGUUGGUGGCCUUCUUAUGCAAUUUUGCUUGAGGUGUCUCGAUACGGUAGAAACUGCCCGAUCUUUGCUGGAGAGGCGAUCUGCGAAAUACAUGAAUGUGAACAAAGGCGGUGGUGGAGGGAAUGUGGAGGAAUCACGAAAGGAAAAGGAGCUGCCAAAGCCAGGAUCAAAUUCUCAUCGAGUUCUGGGAAAGAAGAGAGGAAAAAGUGUAUAAUGUAUACAACUGCCCACAA